UUAUGUCUGUAUUCUUUUCCGGUAGAGUUUUCGCAUAGAAGCCAGUAAAUAUUUGUUGCAAAUAAAUUAUACUUUAAAACGUUAACAUAUUCCACACGUGUUUUAGUAUUUCGACGUUUAAAAAUCAUUAUAAUAUUCAAUUUUUUUUAAGAAAAUGCCGUCAGUGACCCUUAAAGAUGUGGACCAACAUAAAUUUGUAAGGGCGUUUUCUCAGUUUUUGAAAAAGAGCGGAAAACUGAAGGUUCCGGACUGGGUUGAUAUUGUUAAGACGUCUAAAGCAAAGGAGCUCGCUCCUUAUGACCCUGAUUGGUAUUAUACACGUUGUGCUGCUUUGGUUCGUCACAUUUAUCAUAGGUCUCCAAUUGGUGUUGGUUCUGUUACAAAAAUCUUUGGUAGCAGAAAACGAAACGGCACAUGUCCAUCCCAUUUCUGUAGGUCUAGUGGCAGUCUUGCAAGAAAAGCAUUGCAGAGCUUAGAAGCCCUAAAACUGAUUGAAAAAACACCAGAUGGUGGUCGUAAGUUGACUUCCCAAGGCAGGAGGGAUUUGGACCGUAUUGCUGCACAAGUUAAAGCAAAAGAACGCAAACAACUAAAAGCUGGUGUUAUAGUUUUGUAAUGUAAGAACUUUUAAUAAACUAUUGAAUCAACA